AACAAAGAAAAGCAUUGAAGAAAGUAAAAGAAAAAAAAAAAGAUAGUGUCUGACAAGUCACCUAAUGUCAACAACGACUGAACCUCAUUAUCCGCCUGUAGACACAGGUCUCAUCCGAUGUAUAUGUCCUUCAACAGAAGACGAUGGAUUUACUAUCCAAUGUGAACGUUGUCUUGUUUGGCAACAUGCGUAUUGUGUUCACAUCACACAUACGAACAUUCCCGAUCAUUAUCUCUGUGACCGCUGCUCUCAACGCAAACGGCCUAAGCUAUCUAAACGUAUCCCUAUCUCCAAAAAGACAUUGAGUCAGUUAGAUGCAGCAGACCAUAUCAAAAGCAAAAAGAAACGACCUGUCAAGUGUCGCAUUGUUUCUCGUUAUGUGCAUCCGAUCUUUAAAGAAGCCAGAGAACGUUGGCGUAGUCGUAUGGAACAGGAUCAUGGGCUGCCCUUGUUGUAUGACCAUGGCCCCUUUGUAGCGAUGGACAUAACGACGUUAUUGACCAAAGGUGUGUUGAUGAAUGCGCCUGUUUCUAACCAAGGCCUGUUUGCUACUCGACCCAUCCCCUCGCUGCGCUACUUGAUGCAAGUCACAGGUGAUGUGAUGCUCAAGUCUGAAUUCAAGUUUGAUCCUCUGAAUGACUUUGUCAUUUUGGGUACGCCACUCAGUCACAUCAUGUUCUAUCCUAUGCUGGAUGUUUGUAUCGAUACACGUCAGUUUGGUAAUAAGGCAAGGUAUAUUCGUCGAUCCUGUCAUCCAAAUGCAGAACUCAGGAAUGUGGUCUUGCCUCAUACAGAGGAUAAAAUGGUGCAUUUGGGUCUGUUUGCUCGUCAUUUGAUUGACAAGGGACAAGAGGUGACGAUCAGUUGGAAUUGGCAGCGAGGCCAUAUUGCUUGGAAAGAAAACAUGAAUUGGCAUUAUCAACAUAAACACAACCAAGAUACAAACCAAGUGAUUGAUGAAGAAGAAGAACGAAGACGAAAAGCAACCAUUCAGACCAUGUUGGAUCGAUUCGAAAAAGAGUUUGGUAGUUGUGCCUGUGUCAACAAAAAGAGGUGCUUGAUUGAGCAUUUAAGGCGGCAAUGUAGCAUCAAAGAAAAGCCUGUGUUACAAAUGCCUGCUUUGAAUGGACUAUCGACCAAGCGAGUAAGAAGAAAAUCAUCCGUUAUCUUGUUAAAGCCAAAGCCAGAAAGGAAAAAAGUCAUACCACCAAUUACAGGCUCUCAAGAGAAUUCAGAUGAAGAAUUAUUAGAUGUAGAAGGUGAUAUUGAUAUAGGGGAUGAAUUACCUGGUUCCAGUCAUCCUUUACCUUUGAUUCACCCUCAUGAAAGUGAUGCAGAGGUAUCUUCCCUUUCUUCACUUUCAAGUUUAUCUGUCUUUGAAGACUCUGAAGAAGAUGAAGAACAACAAAAGCGUAGGAAAAGAAUACAUCAUCGUUCUACUAAACCACCUCCGCCUGCUUUAUUACCUCGUAAAAAGCUAUGGAUGCGUGAUUAUCUCAGCCAACAUACAGCAGGUCAAUCCAAACAAGAACCUAAGAGACAAGAGGAAGAAGACAUUGACAUAUUAAAAGAAGAUGAUGCAGAGAUGGAUCCAGGAGAACUCAGUGAUGCCUCUACUAUUUUAUUAGAUGAAGAUGAACUCAAGAAAGUGUACAAGAAAAACACAUCAGAACAACAUCAUUUGGAAGCCUCUUUAGACAAUGUAGAUAACACAAAGAAGCCUUUGGUGAAAAAGAUAUUAUUACAAGAAUAUUUGUCUAACAAACAAAAAGAGCAUUAAUACCCCCCACACACUUUUAGUUCUUAAUAACAU